AUGGCUUCUUCUUCUAAUCCUUACCAACAUUAUAAUCAACCACAUGCUGAGGAGGAAGAUUUGAUUGAUCCUGAUGAUGCAACCCUCGAUGAUCUCGACGAUCCCCUAAACACCACCACCUCCCGCACCCCCCUCACAAGCAACCUCGCACAAACCCAAUCCUCAACCUCCACCUCCAACCAAAACUACCUCACCUCCCGCAUCCCUGGCGAAGACCGUCGCGCUCCCACUAACACCCUUGACGAAUCCGUCUGGGAAACCCUCUCUCGCGAUCUCCAAGCCAUCUGGUCCAAAAUGCGCGAAGUACUCUACCCCAAAUAUCUCUUCGGGGGCUCCAUGAUUGAUUCCCACGGUCUUCGCGGCGCAUACUCUCAGUUUCGCGAAAAUGGCAUGCAAGGUGCGAGAGAAGAGUUAAGGGGAAUGAUUGGCAGAGUCACGGAUGUAGAGGGUUUGGUGGCGGGUAAUGGUAUGAGUGAGGGGUUGCGCGAUUGGGAUCUUUGGGGUCCGCUUGUUUUUUGUUUGGGACUGGCGCUGUUGUUGAGUUUUAGGGCGAGGGGGGAUCAGAUGAGUAAGGUUUUUAGUGGGGUUUUUGCUUUGGUUUGGUUGGGGGAGGCGGUGGUUACGGUGCAGAUUAAGUUGUUGGGGGGGAAUAUGUGA